AUGAAACCUACCUCCGCUAGAUUUUUUCAACAAUCUCAAAUAACACAACUAACGAGACCUUGGAAGAAAUACCGUGAUGGUACGUUAUUCUAUGGUGCUUCUAAAGUAGGUAACAAGCGUGUACCAUUGACGACGAAGGAUGGUAACAAGUCUAUGUACAAGGGUACCAGAUCUUCAGGUAUUGGUAGACAUACACAAUAUGGUGGUUAUAAAAUUAACUGGAACAGGGUGCGUACAUAUACCGUUCCAAAGGAUUUCAAUACGGAUUUGAAACCACUAUUAUCUCAUAACUUGCCAGAACUAAAACAUCAAUUCUCAGGGUAUCAGAAAGGUUACACGGAUCCAAAGCUUUACUUCGACAAGUUAAAGAAGUAUGUGAAGGAAGGGAAAAUCCAAAGCGAAGCAAGCAAUGUGGAAAGCUAUGUUGAAAGAGGAUGA